AUGGUAAUACGUGAAGUGAUAACAGAACCAUUUCAUAUCAAAAUCAAUGAUAAAUGGUUGCAUAUCGAUGAGGAAACAUUGAAGAAGCAUCCGGGUGGUAUUGCAAUGACAGCUUAUCGUGAAACUGAUGCAACUACAGCAUUUCACAUAUUUCAUUCUGGCUCUAAAUUGGCAUAUCAAAUGAUUAAUGAAAUGUCAACAAGUAGCGUCAACUAUGAACCACCAAAGGAACAGAGUAAAGGUUACUAUUUCCUUGUUCAUAUUAACAAUUAUUGA